AUCCUGGUGGAGGGCAAGGUCUUCAAAGCCCAUCGCAAUGUGCUGUUCGCCAGCAGUGGCUACUUCAAAAUGCUCCUUUCGCAGAGCUCGAAGGAGACGAGCCAGCCAACGAUAGCCACGUUCGAGGUCUUCUCUCCAGAGACGUUCAUGGUUAUCCUGGACUUUGUGUAUUCAGGGAUAUUGUCUUUAACGGGUCAGAAUGUGAUCGAAGUCAUGUCAGCCGCCAGCUAUCUGCAGAUGACAGAUAUCCUCAAUGUCUGCAAGACCUUCAUUAAGUCCUCACUGGAUAUUAAUGAGAAGGAAAAGGAUCAUUACCUCAGCCUCUCGGCCAAAAGUGCGAGCACUGAAGCCACCCCUGCCCGCCCGGCUCUUUAUCGCUCCAGAAGGAAAGCAAAGAGCAACCCCCGGCGUUCCUACUCGAUCCCGGAUGAAAAACCCAACGGGAACGAAAACUGGAGCAGCUACAGCAGCUACCUGUCCUCAGAGGUGAUCCUGCAGCGGGCAGAGACGCAGCUGUCCAAAAGAGGAAGGAAACAGAGCUCCACGAGGAAGCGCCGCAAGCACCUGGGGCUGUCGCAGAGCCGGGAGCUGGGAGGGUGCAAAUCGGACAGGGCGGAGCGAGCCGGGGCCUCGGACCCCGCUCCCAUCUCCCGCGGGGGAGAGGAGGCCGAGUUUGAUGCCGAGAACGACGUGGAUCAGGAUGAUUUUGGAUAUCAUCCCGGAGCAGAUGUACCCAAGAAGUGGUCGGUUACUCAGCUAGAACAAGAACUUUCCAGAACUCCUGAGUUCAUGGAAUUAAAGGCAGAAGAACUGUACACCUCAAUGCCCACAAUUUUAGGGGUAAUGAGUAGCUGGAAUGAAGGUGACCUGCCCCGGAUGAGAUUCAAGUGCCCGUUCUGCACCCACACCGUGAAGCGCCGGGCGGACCUGAAGCGUCACCUGCGGUGUCACACCGGGGAGCGGCCGUACCCCUGCGAGGCGUGCGGGAAGAGAUUCACCCGCCUGGAGCACCUGCGCAACCACUUCCAAACGAUACACCAAGCUGGCAAACUGAUCUGCAGGAAGUGCAAGCGUCAGGUGACAGAGCUGACGGGCUGUGUGGUGCAGCAGGGGACACGGCGCUACAGACUGUGCCACAAGUGCUUGGCAGGAGCCAAUUUCGACAGCAUUGCCGAGGAUUUCAAUGCACCUGAACAUUCCCCCGUGUCCUCCACGGGAAACAAACGCCCCAAAUGGGCUUUGGAGGAGGAGCAGAAAUCAGAUGAAGAGACAGGAGAGGAGGAGCCCUAUAAUUUGGUUGUCCGACACAAUAAUGAUGAUAUUCCGGAUGAGGUGAUGGAAAAGGUGAAGCCAAAUCUUAGGUAGAUCUUGGUGUAUUUGUUAUUGUUGUGUUCAAGAUGAAAUGACUCGUGUCCUACCAACUAAUGCUGGUUUGCUACUUUUAAUAAAAUGAAUUAUUGCUAAAAAAUCUGUUCUGAGAAGCAAAAAUUGGACUAAAACAAGUUGUUUUGCAGACAUGGGACAGUGUAAUUGCUUCUAAAUGUCAUGCAGAAAGUACUGAGGAUUAUAAAAUACCCUGAGUUGGAAGAGACCCACAAGGAACAUCAAAGUCCAGCUGCUCAUUUAUUAUCUGGAAACUUAUUUAGGAGAAUUGUUUUAUAUUUCAUCAAAGACUUGCUCAGAGCUCCUACUCGUCAUGAAAGUGUGAACCAGUUUACAGUUCUACAAAGGUUCUGUACAAUACAGAUUUUUAAAAAACAAAUAUUGCUAAUUCGCUUUGGAAAAACUCUUACCGAGGUGAGCAGCUGAGAAAUGUUAAACCACUUUUUUUUUUUUCCUGAUAUUGUAAUUAAUUUGUGCAUAACACAUCAGAAACUUGCCAAGAAAGGAGCGAAGGAAACAAGUGGAGUUCUUCCUGCUGAAGAACCUUUUAACCAGAGCUUUGUUUUCUCAGUGAACUUGCAGCUUCUUAGAGUUGAGAAAAGCAUGAUUUAGGAACUCCCCCAGCCAGAGUAGAGCAGGUAACCAGAGUCUGUAGUGCACUUGGAUAGUAUGAAUUUGCCUUUUUUUUUUUUUUUUUGUACUGUGAAUUUUAUAGAAAGAUACACCCACGUGGUUCCAAGGAAAUAAAAGUGCAAUCACUGGAA